AUGUUCUACCUUACCACUGUAGCACAUCCAACCUCUGAUACGAGUCAUCCAUUACUUCUAUUACAAUCCCAUCAUGGAGAUCGUUAUUUCUUUGGUAAAAUGGCAGAGGGCUCCCAAAGAUGCUUAACAGAAAGUCGUACUAGAAUUGGUAAAUUGCAAGAUAUAUUCCUUACAGGUGAACUGAAUUGGAAUAGUUUGGGUGGGCUACCAGGUAUGAUUCUUACUGUUGCAGAUCAAGGUAAGGCAAAUUUGAAAUUGCAUCACGGUGGUGAUUUGAUUAAUUAUGUGGUUUCUACGUGGAGAUAUUUCGUAUUCAGAUUUGGUAUUUCGCUACAGACAGACGCUAUGAAAGAUCAAGAAAUCUAUAGUGACGGCCUCUUAAGAGUUAAAUCGAUCAUAGUUCCUCAGUCUGGCGGCAACGAUAAUUUGGUUUUCAACGAAAGGCAAAAUAUGGCAUUAAAAUCUAUAGUCGCCAAUAUGUUCCCCAAAAAUGGACCUACCUCUAGAUACGAUCCUUCUUCUGAUCCAUUUUUAAAUGUUGAACUACCGACACAAUUCAGUGUACCAAGGACUUCCACCUGUUAUGAAAUCGUGUUCGAACCUGUUAGAGGUAAGUUUAGGCCUGAUAUAGCGGCUAAAUUAGGUGUACCUAAAGGCCCUUCCUUUGGUAAAUUAGCAUCUGGUCAGUCGAUUACUUUAGAUGACGGCUCUCAAAUUACUCCAGAACAGGUCUUGGAGAAACAAAGACAGUUUCCGAGAGUUUUGAUUCUGGAUAUUCCGGAUGAUUCUUACAUUGAAGGAUUUAGAGAAAAGUUUAAGGAGUACGACUGCGAAGAUUUGGGUAUCGUUUAUUUUUUUUUGGGAGGAGAUGUUACUAUUAAUGAUAAUCUCAUUAAGUCAAUGGAACUUUUUGGUAAUGACGUACAAAUGUUUGUUUCUCAUCCAAAGGUUUGUCCCAAUACCAUUGUGUUUAAAGGUGCUGCUUUGACUGUACUCAAAUUAAAGGCAUUGAUGGUUCAAAAUUUCAACUUACCUCAGUCAAAUUCGAUUCUGUCCAAAGAAUUCUAUGAAUGUUUCAGUAAGCCAACGGAUCGCGGAACUACACUGUCGCAAUCACAAGAGGAACCGUUAAGGUCAACUAUUCCUAGUGAAAAUGUUCAUCCUUUCACUCAAGGUUCGGUUACUCAGAUCGAAUCUUUCACCAAGGGGGAAGAGUCAAUGAGGAUCAAGAUUGAAAACAACUGUCCUGAUUGGUCAUGGGAUUUUGCAUAUCGAAGACAUGUUAAACCUCUAAAUCUACCAUCAACUUCAUUUGAAAAAAUAGUUACUGAACAACAAGGUGUUGAUAACUUUGAUACACCGGAAAAGAAGAGUAAUGUUGAAGCUAUCACAUUGGGAACAGGGAGUGCACUGCCUUCAAAAUACAGAAACGUUCUUUCAACUCUUUUAAAGAUCCCUUACAAAACAGAAACUGGUAAUAUUGAUAGUAGAAUCAUACUGUUAGACGCUGGUGAAAAUACUUUAGGAACUAUAAGAAGACAUUUCCCCAGUACUACUGUUUGCAAGAUUUUUAAGAAUAUGAAGAUGAUGUACCUAAGUCAUUUGCACGCUGAUCACCACUUAGGUAUUAUUAGCAUUUUGAAAGAAUGGUUCAAAUAUCAUCAAGAUGAUGACGAGGUUAUUUACGUGAUAACUCCAUGGCAGUACAACCGCUUCAUAAAUGAAUGGUUAUUAUUGGAGGAUGCAAAUUUAUUAAAUCGUAUUCGUUACAUUAGUUGUGAACAUUUUGUUAAUGGAUCAUACGUGAGAAGGGAAACCAAACCAAUACCUCUGGAAGAGUAUGCCGAUGGUCUUGAAUCUGCAGAUAAAAAGAGAAGGAAAUUAGAAAUCGAUAGUAAUUCAUCAUUAAGGGAUUUGGACACCAUUAAAAAGAUGUACAAGGAUCUUCGUAUUUUCAACAUGCAAACCUGUAGGGCUAAGCAUUGUGAUUGGGCCUAUUCCAAUACCAUUUCAUUUUUCAUGUCAUCUUCUUCAAAGAAAUUAUUCAAGAUGUCCUACUCUGGUGAUACUAGACCCAACAUAGAGCAUUUUUCAAAGGAUAUUGGUAAGAAUUCGGAUCUUUUGAUCCAUGAAGCUACUCUUGAUAACGAAUUAAUUGAAGACGCUAUCAAGAAAAAGCAUUGUACUAUAAAUGAAGCCAUUGAAGUUUCAAAUGAAAUGAAUGCCCAAAAAUUGAUUUUAACUCAUUUUUCUCAAAGAUAUCCGAAGGCUCCUCAAGUUAACGAUAACAUAAAAAUUUUGGCUAAAGAAUAUUGCUAUGCCUUCGAUGGUAUGAUUGUAGACUAUGAGACGCUGGGUGAACAAGAAUCCGUAUUUGAUCAAUUGAAUCAAGUAUUCAUGGAGGAGAAACAAGAGGAGGAAGAUGAGAGUCAGUCUUGA